AUGCAAACUUCCAACUCUUACAUGCAGUCCUCUAGGCAUACAAGCGGCUUAGAGGAGCAGGCCUUUAUAGGGGCUAUCUCUGCCACCGUAGAAGCGGUGCUCGGUGGCACUCCAUGCUCCAGCACCGGGCCUAAUGCAUCAAGUGCUACUCUUGAGGUGCACAAGCGCGAAGAACUAGUGCAAAUCCUUGAAGCCAUAAAAUUGCCGGAUGCGUUAAGCUAUGUAGAUGUUUACAAGAUGAUGCAAGACUAUGCAAAUACAACUGCGACGGGAGUAACAUUGUAUGAUCGCGACGUGGCUGUACCCCUCAAUUUUACCGCUUUUGAAGUUGUCUACAAGCACUUGGCAACAGUAAAGCCUCGUGUAGCAGUUAUUCCUCCCGUACCGCACUCAUUUGCGGUGAAGUAG